AUGGGCAACGUGGUGGAGGCGGCGGCCGCGAUCUCGCCGGAGCUCGGCGACGCGCUGGCCAAGGUGGCCGUGUUCGCGCUCGUGCAGGGGCUGGUCUACCUCAUCCUGCGCAAGUCCUCGGACGUCUUCUCCACGGCCAGCGCGGCGAGGUCGCUCAGCUUCCGGCCGAUGCGGAGCAUGAGCGUCCGCCGCGUCCUGGCGGCCUUCUCCGACGUCCCUGUCGGCGUUCCGGAUGACGCCGGCUCCUCCGUGACCCCGCAGGCCGGUGAUGCUGACCGUGACCGGAGGGCAGACUAG